AUGUCUCGACUCGUACCCCUCUUCGUCGCCUACCUCUCCCUCUCCCUCUCCUCCAUCGCUGCAGUCGCAGUCGGUCCGAACAAGCCACCAACUCAGGACACCACCCUCUCCAGCCCCAAUUCAAACAACCCGACGACGAAGGCGAAGGCGACAGCGAGGGACCCGACCCAACCCGGUCUCUUUGAUCCCACCUCCCGCGGCGUAUCGUCCCGCAACUGCACCUACACCGCGCCGCGCGGCUUCCUCGUCGACCGCGCAGAGUAUACCUUGGGAUCCGAUAUCUUCUACAGUUCCGGAUGGCACGCUUCGAUGCUCUUUGAUCAAAGUGCGCAGAACGGACAGCGUUCCGAGCCCUUCGUGACCGUCUACAACCCGACGGCGCGCGGAUCGGGGGCGCCCGAGUGGAAGCGCGAGGUCAACAUCGACCUGCACCCGCCGCUCACGGCGGCGUACGCCAAGGCCGGCAUCGUCUCGACGACCGUGACCGACUUGCGCACGUCGCCACAGAUCUACUUUGACGCCACGGCCCGCCACCUCGAGGUCGGGACCAGGCUGGGCGGAUCGGACGUGCCCGCCGCCCGCUACCGAAGCGCCCGCCCGUCCGAUGCGGAUCUGCACCUCGACACCUUUGCCUUCUACUCGGGCUGCAUCGGCGACCACGCCAACCAGAACGACUGCGGAUGGUCGUGGAAGGACCUCAGCUUCACCCUCGACAAGCCCCUCCCCUCCGCGCAGCAGCACACGCAGGUGUUUACCUGCACCAGCGCCGACCAGGGCACCGUCGUCCACACCGCCAAAGUCGACGGCGAACAGGUCGUGUUCGCGGCCUGA